UGAGGGUGGAGCUGUGUCUGUCGGCUUCUGGUGUCCGCCCUCUGUCCCGCCCCGGGUGGUCCGAGUGGCCGAAGGCUGAGUCCCCGCCCGUCUGCCGCGGCUUCCUCCCUGAGUGGUGCCUCCUUGGGAGUUGGCGCCUGACGCCCAGUGGGAGCGGACUACCUGCCGCCCCAACCUCUAAGCUGCACCUAGUGACCCCCGGGACCCAACCGACCUGGGAAGCGGCCCACCGGCCACCAGGCAGCCAGCCUGAGGAGUGGUGACAGCGCAGGAGCUUCUGGCUGGGGGGAAGGGAGGAAGGAGGAGAAACAAAGGCGAGUGUGCCUGGCGCCGCCCACCAUGUGUCAGUCAGAGGCUCGGCGAGGACCGGAGCUCCGAGCGGCGGCGAAAUGGUUGCACUUCCCCCAGCUGGCCCUCAGGCGGAGGCUGGGACAGUUGAGCUGUAUGUCCAGACCUGCCCUGAAACUGCGCUCCUGGCCCCUGACGGUUCUCUACUACCUCCUGCCCUUCGGUGCCCUCAGACCUCUCAGCCGGGUGGGAUGGAGGCCCGUGAGCAGGGUGGCCCUGUACAAGUCAGUGCCGACACGCUUGCUGUCGCGGGCCUGGGGCCGCCUCAACCAGGUGGAGCUGCCGCACUGGCUGCGCAGGCCUGUGUACAGCCUGUAUAUCUGGACCUUCGGGGUAAACAUGAAGGAGGCCGCCGUGGAAGACCUGCACCACUACCGCAACCUCAGCGAGUUCUUCCGACGCAAGCUGAAGCCACAGGCCCGGCCCGUGUGUGGCCUGCACAGCGUGAUCAGCCCGUCAGAUGGGAAGAUCCUGAACUUUGGGCAGGUGAAGAACUGUGAAGUGGAGCAGGUGAAGGGGGUCACCUACUCGCUGGAGUCGUUCCUUGGUCCACGCAACUCCAUGGAGGACCUGCCCUUCCCUCCAGCUACCCCCUGCGGCUCCUUCAGGAACCAGCUGGUCACUCGAGAAGGGAAUGAACUCUACCACUGUGUCAUCUACCUGGCCCCAGGGGACUACCACUGCUUCCACUCUCCCACUGACUGGACUGUUUCCCACCGGCGCCACUUCCCAGGCUCCCUGAUGUCUGUGAACCCUGGCAUGGCCCGCUGGAUCAAAGAGCUCUUCUGCCACAAUGAGCGGGUAGUCCUCACUGGGGACUGGAAACAUGGCUUCUUCUCUCUGACUGCUGUGGGGGCCACCAAUGUGGGCUCUAUACGCAUCUACUUUGACCGGGACCUGCACACAAAUAGCCCACGCUACAGCAAGGGCUCCUACAACGACUUCAGCUUUGUGACGCACACCAACAAGGAGGGCAUCCCCAUGCGCAAGGGCGAGCACCUGGGCGAGUUCAACCUGGGCUCUACCAUCGUGCUCAUCUUCGAGGCCCCCAAGGACUUCAACUUUAAGCUGAAAGCUGGACAGAAGAUUCGGUUUGGGGAGGCUCUAGGCUCCCUCUAGAGCUUCCUUCCUGGUGGCGGCUACUGAGGGAACUUUUUCAAACAGGAGGGUCUUUUAGAGGGGAGCCUCCGUGGCUGGUCAGGGAGGGGACAGUCUCAGGGCUGUGGGGUCUGACCAGGCGGGACCUGGGUGACUAGUUUCUGCUGUCCCAGAGGUGUAGAUGAGGUCAGAGCCCCUGUUGACCUUGGACCUACGUGGGCCCCUCUUCCCACUCUAAAGAGAAAACCUGUAGGCCAAGAUGAUCUCAAAUUCCCUUUUGGAGGUUUUUUUUAAUCUACUGUAUAAACUGGAGACCCUAGGUCUCCUGGCUGGGUGUUCAGUUGGUCUUGAUUUCUGUUGUAAGACAGAAGUGGUUAUGUAUCCCCAUCCCUGCUUUCUGGCCUUCCCCUCUGCCUCCCCUGCACUGACUGGGCUGUGCUGCCCUCAGAGCAGGGCCACGUGGCCUUUAACACAACUGCUUUCUGUUCCCAAUUCACCCCACCCUGCUCGUUUGGGAAAAGCUGUCUCUCUGCACUUAUGGCUGAACGCAUCAUCCUUGACUCCGCCAGCAUCUUCUGAGGGGGUCUAAUGGCAUGGCGCUUAGCAGGCCCCAGUGAGUGACCUGCCAGAGCUGGCAAGUCCUCUUUCCGGUAAGCAAGACCAGUUACUGAAUCCCCUGAAUGGUGUCCAAAGUGAAUGGACAGGUGACCUAAGGGGGCCAGGGUAGAGCCUGUCUCCCCCUCAUAUCCAGACCCACAUAAAACAUGGUAAGUUGCUGCUGUUGAUUCAGGGGCUUGUGUUGAAGGCAGAGGAACGGGUCUGUGCCUACCACACCUGUCCCCAGGUUACAGGUACACAGUCCUUAGGGAGCCACCGACAGUGGGACCAGGGUUCAGGUUUCCUGGGGACGCUGUGAAUUUCUCCUGCAGGAGAAGCCAUUUGAACUCUUUCAACUGUAUCAGUAGCACAGUAUUUUUGUAUGAAAAGUGGGAGACUUCUGAACAGUAAUUCAUGUAAUUGCAACAUUUUGAAAUAAAAAAUAAAACUCA